AUGAACUUUGUCGGACUUAUAUACAGCUUCUUCCUAUUCAUAGCAUUCACAGCUGCAGAAACUACAUCAUCGUCAUCAUCAUCUGCUACUACCACUACAACUACAAGCUCACAAAGUAAAACUUCUGUCUGGGUGACAGGAACUGAUGCUAACGGAAUAACAAGAACGACGCAAAGUGUAUAUUACCAAUCGUUCAAAAGUGCAUACACAGAGGCUAUAGAAACUCCUUCUUCGGGCUCAGCUGGGCUUGGUAGUCUCUCGGGAAGUGUUGGCCACCUUCGCACAUACGAUAUGACUACAAUUUCACUGGGUGGUGCAGCUGCUGCUGUUGACGACGUUGCUGUUGGUCGUACUUUCAUGACUUUUAACAGUCUCUUUGCAUUGCUUUGUUUAAUUCUUUAA